AUGCCUCCAUGGCGGUUCCGAUCUGGCGGCCUCGCCUGCGCGAUGGCUAUCGCGGUGGCAACGGCGGCCGCGGCAUCCGUGGGAGUGGCCGCCGGAUUAGGGGACGGCGAGGCGGAGUUCGACUACCGGAAGCUCUCCGGGAUAAUAAUCCCGGGAUUCGCGUCGACGCAGCUGCGGGCGUGGUCGGUGCUGGACUGCCCCUACUCGCCGUUCGACUUCAACCCCCUGGACUCCGUCUGGCUCGACUCCACCAAGCUUUUCUCUGCUGUAAAUUGCUGGCUUAAGUGCAUGCUGCUUGACCCUUAUAACCAGACGGACCAUCCAGAAUGCAAGUCAAGGCCAGAUAGUGGUCUUUCUGCGAUUACAGAGUUGGACCCUGGUUAUAUAACAGGUCCUCUUUCUUCAAUAUGGAAAGAAUGGGUCAAAUGGUGUGUAGACUUUGGUAUUGAAGCUAAUGCUAUCAUCGCUGUUCCAUACGAUUGGAGGCUACCCCCAUCGAUGCUUGAGGAGAGGGAUCUGUACUUUCAUAAAUUAAAAUUAACUUUUGAAAUUGCAUUGAAACUUCGAGGAGGGCCAUCUUUGGUUUUUGCUCAUUCCAUGGGAAACAAUGUAUUCCGGUACUUUUUGGAAUGGUUGAAACUGGAAAUUGCCCCAAAGCACUAUAUCCAAUGGCUCGACAAACAUAUACAUGCAUACUUUGCAGUUGGUGCCCCUCUUCUCGGAUCUACUGAAUCAGUCAGAGCCACUCUCUCUGGGACAACGUCUGGACUUCCAAUCACUGAGGGGACAGCCCGAUUGAUGUUCAAUUCAUUUGCUGCUUCUUUAUGGCUCUUGCCAUUCUCAAAAUACUGCAAAGCUGAUAAUGUAUACUGGAAGCAUUUUUUUGAGGGAAAGGCCCACAUCAACAGACAACAAUGCGAUGAGAUGGAGUAUAGUUCUGACAACUCUGGAUGGCCCACAACCCUCGUCACUAUCGAGGUUCCUACAGUUCGAGGUACGGAUGCUUAUCCAUCCAUUAUGGACAUAACAGAGGACAUAACAUCCAACAUGGAGUGUGGAAAGCCAACACUCUUAUCAUUUUCUGCCAGAGAAGUUUCAGAUGGUACUUUGUUCAAAACUAUGCUGGAUUAUGACCCACAGAGCAAAGCCCUUAUCCAUCAGCUGGAGAAGUACUACCAGGGUGACCCAGUUCUCAAUCCUCUCACGCCCUGGGAGAGACCCCCAAUAAAGAAUGUAUUCUGCAUAUAUGGCAUUGAUACAAAGACUGAGGUAGGAUACUAUUUUGCACCAAGUGGCAAACCAUAUCCAGAUAAUUGGAUAAUAACUGAUGUGAUUUAUGAGUUUGAACAGUCCCUACUGUCAAGAUCAGGUCAUUCUUUUUCUGGAAAGCCUAACAAUUCCAGUGGAGAUGGAACAGUAUCCUACAACUCCCUGUCAUUGUGCAAGGAAUGGCUUGGGCCAAAAGUGAACAUAACAAGGACUCCACAGGCAGAACAUGAUGGGUCUGAUUUACAAACAAGAAUGAAUGCUGAGCACUAUCAUGGUGAGGAUCUAUUUCCCAACAUGACGAGGGCUCCACAUGUAAAGUACAUAACGUACUAUGAGGAUGCUGAAAGUAUUCCAGGAUGGAGAACAGCAGUCUGGGAGCUUGACAAAGCAAAUCACAGGAAUAUUGUUAGGAUGCCAGUGGUCAUGCGUGAGUUAUGGCUUGAAAUGUGGCAUGACAUGCACCCUUAUUCAAAAUCAAAAUUCGUGACAAAAGCGUUCCGAGGUCCAUUGAGACACGAAGAUUGCCACUGGGACUAUGCAAAAGCUCGGUGCGCCUUUCCAGAAUUCUGUGAAUACAGGUACACGUUUGGUGAUGUGCAUCUAGGAAUGAGCUGCAGGCUGAAAUAUUCAUCAACUAUGCUCCUUCGGCAGUAUCUCUGA